AUGGCGAAGGAGAUAACCCUCUUGCUGAUUCAAGUACUAAGAAGGUCCGUUGAAGGAAUCGGUGACCAAUCCAAAGGAUGUGAUGGUUGUGGAUUCAGCGCCAACACCAACUCUGUCUUAGAAGGAUUUAGUAUUGGGAAAAGGUUCUCUUGUACAUCCAAACAUGUAGGGGAUAUGAAUCUUAAGACCUUUCACACUCUGUUUGUCAACGGAAAAUUCUGCAAAGACGCAAAGCUUGCCAAAGCAGAUGACUUCUACUUUUCAGGUCUCCAUAUCCACAAAAACACAUCCAACACAUUUGGAUCAACUGUCACACCUGUUAACGUUGCACAAAUACCAGGACUUCACACAUUGGGGAUAUCUAUGGUUCGAAUUGACUAUGCACCUAACGGUGGCCUGAACCCUCCUCACACUCACCCUCGUGCCUCAGAGGUUCUAGUUGUUCUGGAAGGCACACUCCAUGUCGGUUUCGCUACAUCGAAUCCAGAUAAUCGUUUGAUUUCUAAAGUCCUAUAUCCCGGAGAUGUCUUUGUUUUUCCUGUGGGUCUCAUUCACUUCCAAUACAACAUUGGGAACACCUAUGCUGUCGCCUUUGCUGGUCUUAGCAGUGAAAACCCAGGGGUGAUCACCAUUGCAAAUGCAGUAUUUGGCUCAAACCCUUCGACUAAUGCUGAUAUUCUUGCCAAGGCUUUUAAUCUGGAAAGGAAAAUGGUGAAGAAUCUUCAAUCCAAAUUCUGAUGGGAUAACAAUCGAAGGAAUGUUCG